GGACGCGGCGGGCCGUCCACGCGGCGAGCGCUUCCACACGCGCGAGGCGUCCGCGCCCCACGUGGCGAGUGCUGUCAGUGAGGUGAGUGCGGUGCCGCGAGUGUGUGCGCGGCGAUGCUGCCGGCGCGGGAGGCAACCAUGCGCCCGCCAUGCCCGAGGACUUGAUGCUUCGCUCGUUCGGCCGGGUCGAGUACAUGGGCUCGUUCCCCGUGGCCGGCCCGGACCAGGCGUCGCGCGCCGAGUACAUGCGGGCGCAGCUGCACCAGCUGCGGGGCAGCGUACGCUCCAAGCCCGUCCUCCUGGUCAUCUCGCUGGCUGGCGUCAAAGUAUGCAGCCCCGAUGGGAAGAGCGUGCUGAUGGCGCACGCGUUGCGUCGCAUCUCCUACGCCACGUGUGACCCCGAGCACGGCCAGUUCAGCUUCCUGGCGCGCGAGCCGCGCGGUCACUUCAGCCUGCAGUACUGCCACUCGUUCGUCACGCACUCCUCCGAACAGGUUCAGUUAUUGGCGCGCUUUCACACUGCUAGUCUUGACAAGUACUUACCAAGAUUUGCAGUCAAUGAAGACUUGAAAUCGAAUCCAAGAAAAUAA